UUUUUGUGAGAUUGCCCCAAGACUUUAUAGAUUUAUUUAUUUAUUAUUUAUUCACCAUGGGACGCUUCCUUCUGUUGGUCUCUGUGCUUUACGUCUUAUUCAGCCAGGGUUUUUGCUCGGGGGUGUUCGAGCUGAAGCUGCAGGAGUUCCUGAACAAGAAGGGCAUCCAGGGCAACAGGAACUGCUGCAAGCCGGGGGCCACGUCCCUCUACCAGCAGUGCGAGUGCAAGACCUUCUUCCGGGUCUGCCUCAAGCACUACCAGCCCAACGCCAACCCCGAGCCGCCGUGCACCUACGGAGGCGCGGCGACUCCGGUGGUGGGGUCCAACUCCUUCCAGAUCCCGGACUCGUUACCCGACGGCUCCUUCACCAACCCCAUCAGGAUGAACUUCGGGUUCACGUGGCCGGGAACGUUCUCACUGAUCAUCGAAGCAGUUCACGCGGACUCCAAAGAAGACCUGACGACAGAAAACCCAGAGCGCAUCAUCAGCACCAUGACCACGCAGAGGCACCUGACGGUGGGAGAGGACUGGUCCCAGGACCUGCACAGCGCCGGAAGGACCGAGCUCAAGUUCUCCUACCGGUUCGUCUGCGACGAGCACUACUACGGCGAGGGCUGCUCCGUCUUCUGCCGGCCCAGGGACGACACGUUCGGACACUUCACCUGCGGAGAGCGCGGCGAGAUCAUAUGCGACGCCGGCUGGAAGGGGCAGUACUGCACGGAACCAAUCUGCCUUCCUGGAUGUGACGACGAGCACGGCUUCUGUGAGAAACCUGGCGAAUGCAAGUGCCGCGUGGGCUUCAAAGGCCGCUACUGCGAUGAGUGCAUCCGUUACCCGGGCUGCCUCCACGGGACGUGCCAGCAGCCGUGGCAGUGCAACUGCCAGGAGGGAUGGGGAGGUCUCUUUUGCAACCAGGAUUUGAACUACUGUACACAUCACAAGCCCUGUCUGAACGGAGCCACUUGUAGCAACACCGGGCAGGGGAGCUACACCUGUUCCUGUCGGCCGGGGUUCACCGGGACCAGCUGCGAGAUCGAGGUCAACGAAUGCGCCGGGAACCCGUGCCGCAACGGAGGGAGCUGCACGGACAUGGAGAACACCUACAGCUGCGCAUGCCCCCCUGGGUACUACGGCAAGAACUGCGAUCUGAGCGCCAUGACUUGCGCCGACGGUCCGUGCUUCAACGGCGGACGCUGCGCCGACAAUCCGGACGGCGGCUACUUUUGUCAGUGUCCUACGGGCUACGCCGGCUUUAACUGCGAGAAGAAGAUCGACCACUGCACGUCCGGUCCUUGUUCAAACGGUGCCCGCUGUGUGGAUUUGGUCAACUCUUAUUUAUGCCAGUGUCCGGAGGGAUUCACGGGCAUGAACUGCGACCACACCAGCGACGAGUGCUCCCUCUACCCCUGCCAGAACGGUGGUACCUGCCAGGAGGGCGCCAACGGAUACACCUGCACCUGCCCGCCUGGUUACACCGGGCGCAACUGCAGCUCGCCCAUCAGCCGCUGCCAGCACAACCCGUGCCACAAUGGCGCCACCUGCCACGAGCGCAACAACCGAUACGUGUGCGCCUGCGUGCCUGGCUACGGAGGACGCAACUGCCAGUUCCUGCUCCCGGAGAGGGCGUCCCAGGCGUCCGGGGACAUCCCGUGGACGGCGGUGGGCUCUGGCGUCCUCCUGGUCCUGCUUCUCGUCGUGGCCUGUGCCGUCCUGGUCGCCUGCGUCCGGUCCAGAGUCCAGCAGAGGCGCAAGAGCCGGGAAGACGAGGCGGCCAACGGCGAAACCGAGACCAUCAACAACCUGACCAACAACUGCCAGCGCGACAAGGACGUCAGCGUCAGCGUGGUCUCCGGGCUGGCGCCGGUCAAGAACAUCAACAAGAAGAUCGACUUCCACAGCGAGCACGACCUGAGCGCUGCCGCCGCCGCCGAGAAGGCUGGAUACAAGUCCAGGCAGCAAGCCGCCGAUUACAACCUCGCGCACGAAGCCAAAUACGAAGUCAAGCACGAGGUGAGGCUGGAGCACGCCGGGAAAGAAGCGGCGGGGGCGAAGGACCUGGCCGACAGCUGCGAAGACAUCAAGUGCCAAAGCUUGCAGGACUCCUGCGACUUUGAGGAGAAACGUCGAAAACGUCUGAAGAGUGACGCAUCAAAAUAUUCCGAGUCCAGAUACUCGGAGUCCAGAUUCUCAGAGUCCAAAUACUCUGAUUCGAAGUAUCCAGAGUCGAACUAUUCCGAUUCGCUGUAUUCAGAGUCAGCAUGCGCGUCCGCAUGUGCAUCGGCGUCCGUCUCGGCCAGCAUGGACACCAAGUACAAGUCCGUCAUGGUCGUCUCGGAGGAGAAGGACGAAUGUGUGAUCGCGACCGAGGUGUGAGACGGGCCUCUGGGAAGCCGAUGCUCAUCGUGUCGCC